GUUUUCAGAAGAGUCCGUACCUGUAUCCCGCCCCCUGCUCGAUGACCGUCUUCAUGUGUGUGAUGUUGGCCAGGAACAGAGCGAUGUCCAGCAUGCCCUCGGCCGCCGUCUUCUUGGUUGCGUACAGGUUCAUGUUCAGUGACAAGGAGAGAAUCGGACCAAAGUGGGGCAGGUUAGGCCAGGCUAGGCCUACUUAACCAGCAACCCCUUUCAGAGGCCCACAAAGGUCAACCUCCACAGACGGCUCAGUGGACCGUGGAUUCCCUUCAUAGUUUUCUCUUAUCAGGCGUCAGGAGGCCCAGACAACAUAAUUUGGCUGUCCAUGCCUUGGUGGAUCCCCACUGGAUGUUGGCACCAGGAUGGAUUUGGGUGUUGAUCUCACAGGCGUCACCUCCUCGCAGUACUUGCACCUCCUCUGCUUAGAUUGCCUGUUGAUCUCUCCCUCCCUGGUUUUCAAAGGAAAGCCCCCCACUAUCUCCUGGGGCUUCCCCCAGCCCUCCGUAGGGACUUGCAAGAAUGUUGUUGUCUUAGGUUGAACCACUUUGGAUCACAGAACAUUGUUUGGAUGAUGCUCCAUUGCUGUUCCCCGUUAGUUUACUUUUUUAUGAGUGGUUGAGGAGGUGAAACCUGAAAAGAAUUCCUCCUUGGUGGUAUACAACAAAGGGGAAGGAUGUCAGACAGUAAAAGCACCAAUAAAGCGGUGAAAUUCAUCGCCCCAGCCCCUCCGUCGCCGUCACCUCAGAACCCCCGCAAAAAUUUGAACGGGUCCGCCAGUUCCGACACGCAUGUGGUCGAGAAGCUGGAGGGGGACCCGGAGGGCCACCAGGAAGUCCAACGGCGGCAGCGGCGGCACACGAUGGAUAGAGACUCCAAGACGGCCGAGCAUCGAUUCUUCCGCCGGAGUGUCAUUUGCGACUCCAACGCGACCGCCUUGGACCUGCCCAGCAAGGCGGCUGUGAUCCUCAUGUCGCCGCCGGACUGCGGGGGGACACCCAUAUCGUUUGCUUCUCAGCUCUUGGGGCCUGGGCCCGCAGAGACAGAUCCCCGGGAGGGUCUCCAGGGGCCCUCUAUUGAAAGUGCCACCCCUCAGCCUUCUUUAGGGCUUAGCGUAGGAUCUGGAGAGGGGCCAAACCAUGAUGUAGGCAGGGACAGACUGGCACAUGCUAGUCCCUCCAGUAGUGGUGUUGUACUUAGUGCAGAACGGGUAAAAGAUCCCAGCGCGACGGUGUUCGAUGUCAAUAACAAAACGGGAGACAAACAAGACGAAGCCGCAAAAGAUGGAAAGUCAGCCGAGGAAAAGGAGAGGGAAACGGAGCUGGCCAAAGCGCGCGCCGAGCAGCGGGAGGCCGAGAAGCGAGUGCAGGAGGAUAUCGAGGAAGCCGAGACCAAAGCGGUCGGGACGUCACCGGACGGACGCUUCCUGAAGUUUGACAUCGAGAUCGGGAGAGGCUCCUUCAAGACGGUGUACAAGGGGCUCGAUACGGAAACUACGGUGGAAGUGGCGUGGUGCGAACUGCAGGACCGGAAGCUGUCCAAGUCGGAGCGGCAGCGCUUCAAGGAGGAGGCCGGGAUGCUGAAGGGCCUCCAGCAUCCCAACAUCGUCCGCUUCUACGACUCGUGGGAGGGGCCGUGCAAGGGGAAGAAGUGCAUCGUGCUGGUCACCGAGCUCAUGACUUCGGGCACCCUCAAGACCUACCUGAAACGCUUCAAGGUGAUGAAGAUCAAGGUGCUGCGUUCGUGGUGCCGGCAGAUCCUCAAGGGUCUCCACUUCCUGCACACCAGAGCGCCGCCCAUCAUUCACCGCGACCUCAAGUGCGACAACAUCUUCAUCACCGGGCCCACCGGCUCGGUCAAAAUCGGUGACCUGGGCUUAGCCACGCUGAAACGGGCCUCGUUUGCCAAGAGCGUCAUUGGCACUCCUGAGUUUAUGGCUCCAGAAAUGUACGAGGAGAAGUACGAUGAAUCUGUGGACGUUUACGCCUUCGGGAUGUGCAUGCUCGAGAUGGCCACGUCGGAGUACCCCUACUCGGAAUGCCAGAACGCCGCCCAGAUCUACAGACGAGUCACCAGCGGAGUGAAGCCCGGCAGUUUCGACAAGGUGGCCAUUCCAGAAGUGAAGGAAAUCAUCGAGGGCUGCAUCAGAACCAACAAAGAUGAACGAUACGCCAUCAAGAUCCUGUUGAACCACGCCUUCUUCCAGGAGGACACGGGGGUCCGGGUUGAGCUGGCGGAGGAGGAUGACGGGGAAAUGAUCGCCAUCAAGCUGUGGCUCAGAAUAGAAGACGUCAAGAAGCUCAAAGGAAAAUACAAAGACAACGAAGCCAUCGAGUUCUCAUUCGACCUCGUCAAGGACGUUCCCGAAGAUGUGGCCCAGGAAAUGGUUGAGUCUGGCUAUGUGGCCGAGGGCGACCACAAGACUAUGGCCAAAGCCAUCAAGGAUCGCGUGUCACUGAUCCGGAGGAAGCGAGAGCAGAGGCAGCUCGUGCGAGAAGAGCAGGCGAAGAGGAAAUUUGAGGCGGAACAACAACAGGCACUCAAAGCGUCUCAGCCGGAGGUUGAGGAGACGGAGGCGGAGCAACAGCAUCGCUAUCAGCAGCUGGGCACCUCACACGCAACUGAAGGCGCGGACAGCGGUCAGGGCUCCUCGCUUUUCUCCGGCGACUGCCCCCAGCUGGGUCAGCUGACCAUGUCCUACAGCUGCCCGCCCGCCACCCAGCCUCAGUCGCAGAGCCCCUACCCCUCCACAGCCGGAGGCGCCGCCACUGCGCAGCAGCACCCGGCCUACGCCCAGCCUCCGCAGCCAGUGCAGCAUUCAAUGGCGCACCCCUACAGUGGAGGAGCGAGCACAGGAGGAGGAGCAGGGGGGAGCGCCCCUCUUCCUACGCUACCAGACCCCCCUACUAUUUUCUUCCCCUCCAUCCCCGAACGGCCCAUUUCCUUCUCGCCUCCUCCGACCGCCCCCCCGAAGGCCUACAACACGCAGCGGCGCAAGAGCACGUCUAUUCUGGAGGCUCACACCCGCCACUUUCAGCCGGCGUACCCCCGAUACGGGAGCAGCUUGCACCCCUUCUCCGGCAUGGAGGGCGUGGACCCUCCCGCUCUUUUCAUGGCCAACCCCAGUUUCGCCACAGCCGCUCAGAGGCUUGGAGUCGGGGAGCACCUGCAUCUCCCGGGACAAUCGGAACCGACGUUCUACGGCUACAAGGACAGGAGGGCGGAACACGAGGAAGUUGUGAGGAGACUGAGUUUAAAUCAAGCGGCCUUACUGGACCAUUAUGAAGCCAUAGCGUACGGCGGCUACCCGAUCACCGCGCAUCAGCUCGGCCUCUUGAGUUUCCAUCAGCAGAGGCAAGCGGCUGCAGCGGCUGCGGGUUUGGGCUACGAUUCUGGUCCUCAGCCAGGUUUCCUGCACCCUCACAUCAUGCAAAGACUGAGCGCCCACAGUCCAAUCCCUGCGCCGUUACCGCCGAUGAACCAACCCAGCGGUUGCCCCGUUUCUUGUUCAUCCACUGACGCGCAACACCACGCGCCGCCUUCCACCUACCCGAUGUCAGCGCCGCCCGUCAUGGCUGAAGCGCCGCCGCCUACGGGAAGCGUUUUCGACUACCAUUUAGCUGCCGCGGCAGCUGCCGCCGCUAGUGACCCGAGCCUGCUGGCCUCCAGACUGUACCGAGGCCGGAGGAGUUCUAUGGAUCUCCCUCUGGAGGAAAACACCUCAACGGGGUCAGGCGGCUCCGGCUCGUACGUUCGACUCCAGCCGGUAACGGAGGAGAUGGGUUCCUACAUCAGUCCCGAGCUGCCCUUACCGCCAGGAAGUCUCCUCCUCCAUCACGCGGUCCUGAGCGCCAAAGACCGAAGUCCUGAACCAUCCAGCGAUUCUCUGCAGUCCUCCGAUGCAGGAGAGUUCCAGUCGCCUCCUCCCUCGUCCCGCCAUUUCGACUCCUCCGCCGCUCGGUCCAUCCCGCGGUCGUCGUCCGCUGUAUUCUGUGAUUCAACGGAAAGCCAGGCGCAUCCGCCCUCCAUGCAGAGUUUUCUCCCUCCCACGCCGUCCUCCAACCCGGAAGCGUCGGCGGCCCAACAGGAAUCAGUCGUUCAGAGCGUUUGGGCCCGACAAGGAGGGGUGGUUCCCUCCCAGCCCGACAUGACGUACCAUGAGUCAUUACUGGCCAUGCAGGCCAAUAACCCCGCACUGAUUUCAAGCUGCCAGCCUGCCCCAGGUUCCCCGAUUUUAGGACCAGUGGCCCCGCAAGCGACCUCUCAAGGGACCCCGCAGCAGUCUGUGUCUCAGCCCUCCGACCUGUCCCACUUCCAGCUGCAGCCACCCCUGGUACAAGCAUCAAUAGAGAGCGGCCACUCUGAGGGCCUGAGCGAUGGCAACGAGGGAGGAGGGGGAGGCCGCCACGAGGGCCGCUCCACCAAGCGGCACCAGAGACGUUCUGUGCGCAGCCGGUCGCGGCACGAGAAGAUCGCCAGAGCCAAACUCAACGUCCUCAAUAUUUCCAACCGAGGGGACCGAGUAGCAGAGUGUCAACUGGAGACGCACAACAGGAAGAUGGUCACCUUCAGGUUUGACCUGGAUGGUGACAACCCUGAAGAGAUCGCCCAGAUCAUGGUGCAGAGCGAGUUCAUCCUGGAGAGCGAGAGGGAGUCGUUCAUCGAGCAGGUCCGGGAGGUGAUCGAGAACGCCGAUGAAAAGGGCUUGGAGAGAGACGCUGGCGGGCAGAUGACCAGUGACGCGGCACAGCCGAAUCUUGCGAUAUCAGUCCCCGCGCCAGGACAAGUGGUCCACUCCGCGGGUCGCAAGUUCAUCGUCAGCCCCGUACCCGAGGUCAGGCUCAAGGAAUUGGGCCUUCCCGCAUCUCCCUUACCAUCCACUGCAUCUUCUGUCGAAACGGUUCCGACUCAAGGGUUGGGGUUGUCGAAAUCAGCAGGAGCAGUCAGCUUACACCAAGCCUUCUCGGAGCUACGACAGAACACAAGCCAGUUGGAUCCGGGACCGAGCACCGCCCCGGCCUCCGUGCCCUCCACCCAUCCUCUCGCCUCCCAGGCAUUCACUCCUGCAGUUGAAGCUUUAACUGGCAGCGGCAUUUCUAGUUCAAACCAGGAGGUCUCUGAUGCCUCCCCCACUCCUUCCUCCUCUGCUCCUCCUGCUUCAGUGCCUUCCACCUUACCCCUCACCAGUGUCUCCAACGUUCUCCCGACGAUGCUCACAUCCCCUCCCCUCUCCCUGGUGACCUCACCCUCGUCGACACUCCCGGCCAGUGAAACUCCGCUCGAUUAUCGUCCGCUCUCUCCCGUAUCAUCGACUUCGUACACCUCUUCCUGCGUCGCCUCCGCCACGCCCGUUUCCGGCCCUCAGUUCGCUUCUUCCUCCGGUGUUUCUUCAGUCCAACCGACGCCCGUGCACUCGCAGCCACAGAUAUCCGCCCUGCCCGGACAGACACACGCUCACUGUAGUGAAUGUGACUCGAGGUGCGACGCAUCCAUGGAGUGCCAAAGCAAGCCGGAUGACAUCCAAGCUCUGGAGAAGAAGCUACGCUCGCUCUUCAUGGACCUCGGGGGUGGGGCGGUUUCCCCCCAGGGCGACCUGCUGCCGACCGACACUACCUCCGGCGCCUCGGUGGGGGGGACGUCGUCCCCGCUGGGCACCUCCGCCGCAGCCGUCGGCCCCGGCCAGACUGCUAGUCCUCCUCAGCCCCCGACCACCCUGGCGCUGGGCUCGCCCAGCCCCGUGCAGGGCCCCAGCACUCCUAUCUCCACUUCUUCACCAUCUGUCAACGCUGCCACCACCUUUGGCCAGAACACUCCAUCCAAAACUCCCUUAUCCAGGGUACCGGCCACUUCUCCUUCAGAACUUCCACCCUCCCUCCCUGGACUCUCUCUCACUCAGUCCCAGCAGCCUCUAGAGGACCUGGACGCUCAACUGAGACGAGCCCUGAGCCCCGAGACGGUUUCUCUUGGCACACCCGCACAGGCUUCCCAUGGCGCCACUCCUCUGGCGGGACAACCAACUCCCUCGUCUCUGGAGGAAGACGUCUCUACAAAUGCUGCUCCUCAAGCUGGAAUCAAACUUGGGAGAUUUCAGGUGUCGCUGGCCGCUGAAGGGCCUCGUCGGCAGCCUCCAGCCUGCACGGAAUCCUCCUCCACCACUUCUUCUUCUUCAUCUUCCUCCACAACUUCAUCGUCGUCGUCCUCCAGUCUCUCCAGCCCAGAAAACACUUUGCAUAAGGACUCCUUGUCCCCGCUCAGAGCGGGAGGAACAAAGGGUGGAGAUGUGGUGGAUGGACUUCCGCGGAAAAUGCUCGGCGUGUCCCAACGCCCUUCGCCUUUCUCCUCGCCGUGCCCCUCGCCAAAGCCCGCCGCAAUGAUCGGACGCUUCCAGGUGAGCACCAAUUCUGACGCCCAGGUAGGCAGGUUUUCCGUCAGUCUGACCCAAGAGCAGAGCACUGAACCCAGGCCGUGGUCGCCACCCCUUGCCCGGGCUGCGAACGGCCCCGCCGAGCCGGGCCACUCCCCGGUUCCGGACGCUGCCCACAAAACCUCCCUGCCCGGUCUGAACAGCAGCAACUCCUUCAACAACUCCUACAUAAGCAGCGACAACGACUCGGAAUUUGAGGACGAAGACUUCAAGCGGGAGAUCAACCGCCUCCGGGAAAAACACUUGAGCGAGAUUCAAGCCCUCCACACGCGUCAGAAGGAAGAAAUAGACGGUCUCUUCACGCGGCUGGGAAAGGUUCCUCCAGCCGCUGUACUUCCUCCGGUCAUCGCCUUGGCCGGGAGGCGGAGACGACCCACCAAGAGCAAAUCUUCCAAAUCGUCCAGAACCAGCUCCUCGCACGGUAGCAAGAGUCCGCCUCAGCUAGGCAGCGCCUCGUCGGCCCAGAGCGUCCCGUCGUCGUGCCCCGGCCGGCUGGCCCGGUCGACGCCGGGAGGACUCGCGGACGCAGGCGCCGGCCGCCGCGGCGGCGAGCGGCCCCUCGACGCGGCCCCCUCCGCCGACAUCCUGUGUUCGGCCUACGCGAGCUCGGCGGCUCUCUCCGUGCCCAGCUUGUGCGCUACCACCCCAGGGAAGAUGGUGAAAAAAGUCUGCCCCUGCAACCAGCUCUGUAGGACCAACAGCACCAACGCAGUGAGCGGUUCCGGCCCUCUUUGUCAGAGCCAGGGGGGCUCCCAGUGUCUCAACAUAUCAGCCCCUCACCAGCGCAAAGGAACCUUCACCGAUGACCUCCAUAAACUGGUGGACAACUGGGCCAGAGACCUCUCACAGGGUAAGAAGAGCACCAAACAGCUGCAACAGGCAACAACACAAGGGCACAGCUACGAGGUGAUCCAGUCCGCCAGUCUGGGCAGGAAGUUCUCCGCCCCGAGCCAGCUGUGCCCGAGCAGCGUCGCCGCGUCCGCCCACCUGCCCUGCAACCCGACUACCUCUCUGGCUUCCCGCAAGGGCUCGCUGUGCCAGCCCCUUACCUCCCCUGCGCCACCCCACCCUCACCUGCCCCCGCCGCACUUCAUCCCGUACGCGCCGGCCCCGGCCUACACCGCGCAGUGGUCCGGGCCCGCUCAUGGGGUCUCGGCGCCGCACGCGGGGCCCCUGCUGGUCAGCGCUUCUCAGACGCUGGGCCCUUACGCCGCCUCGAUGAGCGGCCAGAUCCCGGGUCAGGGGCCCUUGCACGCGUUCAUGCACAAGUCGGUCAGCAACCCCGGAGGACCCAACACGAGGACCACGUAGGGGUUAGCGGAGGGACUCGUCGGAACGCCGGCCCGACUGGACUCGGGGAUCGAUGGGUUAAAGAAGAGGACGUUUGCCAAAGAGGGUCGAUCUUAGGUGAAACUCGGGAGAGCACAACAACACUGAAGAGCGCCUCCAUUUUGCUCAGUCUUUGCUUUUAGCUCUUCUAGCUAACAUGUGCAAUGUGUGUAUAAAAUCGAGGAGGUACUUUUUUUUUUUUUAAAGCAUUCACUUGGAUGCAAAUCAGAGGUCUUUGAGUACGAUUGGUAGCCCCCCCACCCCUCCUGCGUCAAAGCAAUAACACGACAAACAUUGAAAAAGGCAGACAACAAAGCGAAGUGACCUUCAGAACAAGAUCUUGAGUUUAGAUUUUCUUUCUUGAUUUGAUUUGGCUUCGUUUCGCGUUGCGCACACGGACACGCGCGCCUCUUCGUUGGCUUUUCUUGAGAUGAAUAUUUCCCUUCGUGAAUGUCAUCGAUAAUAGUUAUUCUAUUUAAAAAAAAGAGAGGGGAAAAAAAAAUACAAAAAAAAAAAUCUGGUGUGGCCGGACCUGUUACACGCACACACUUUUUGGUGUGGUGGGACAACAACACUGUGAUUAAAAUUGUUUGUUAGGAGUCAUAACAACAAUUUGGGGGAGCAUCCUUUCACUGCUGUGCUCCAUUUUUUUUCCCCAACUAAAAAAAAAAGAAAAAAUGCCUUAAUCGAUAAUUCAGCCACCAUUUGACCUCCAAUUGAAAUAUGGAAUGCUAGCUACUUUUUGUUUUUUUUCUCCUUCCACAGUACUUAAAUACGACACUUUAAACGCUCCCCUUUUUGCCCUGUUAGGUAAAUGUGAAUGUACAAAGCAGCAAGUUUUUAGUUCGCUUUCUAGUGCCUUGCUCGACCCGCCGAGGACUCGCUCCUCCCCGUAGAAACACUGGAGAGCGCACGAGGACCACAUGGGAGUGCCGUCGUUUUUCUCCGAGUCUAGGGAGGACGUACCGUAUAUAAGACAAGGAUUGUAUUAUUAGAAAGAAAGCCAUGUUUGUGUUUCGUUGUCUUUUGUGACUUGCGUCCGUUGCUCGCACCCACGUGCUCAAAAACAGCCACUUGAGUUUAGCGUAACGUCGCCAUUAGCUGAGAAGCCUCAAAUUUACGAACGAAUGAACGCAGCGUUUUGAAAUACCGAGCUGUAACUAACAAAAGUCCUCAUGCCCUCUUUUUGAUAAAUUCCUUUAAAUUGCCCCCCCCCCUUUUUUAUGUGGUCAUGGGUAAUUUAGCGCUGUAAAAAGUCUACACACCUGUGUGAUAUUUAAAAAAAAAAAAAAAAACAUUGAAACUUUGACCAUUGUGAUCAAAAACAAAAACUUUUUUUUUUAUGUUAAAUUUUUCACGCCGGCCAUCAUUUAAAGUGCCUCUCUGUCGCCCUAAAUAAAUGUCAGAUGUUCUAGUAGGCUUUUCUUUACUUUUUUGGGGGGAGCCAUUUAGCACAAAAAGUAACUUGUGCUCGUUUGCUGUUUUAAGACGUUCAUAAUUCCUUCCACGGCUCUGUGAUAGUAGCGUGCACACUUGUGCACCCAGAUUAUUUUCUCCCAAAAUGACUAAAAAGUUAUAUGACAAUAAUGGUGGAAAUGGUUUAUUCUUGAAUACUGAUUCUCUUGGUCUUAUUUUUUAAUGCAUUUCAACAGGGGAGUGUGUAGACUUUUUCCAUCCACCAAUGUUCCCCAAGGGCCACACACGGGCACAACCAUUUUGAGCCCAUGUUGCCAUCGAUGUAAAAUAUUCGUCAAUUACAAUGUAACGCUGAAUUUCUUUGGGCAGAUUCAACACUAAAGGUUUUCUCCACCCAAGCGGCAGCGCUCGAUAGCAACAGGUGGACUUGACUGUGAAGUUCUACUGGGGGACUUGAACUGUGAAACGCUGGUGGUGGUUGUUGUGAAUGUUCUUGCAUUAAAAGCGGGGUGAAUCACAGUCUUUGUCACAGGAGUAGCAUUCGCUCUUAGCUCAUAUUUAGAUGAUGCUGUUGGUGUGCCAUCACAGUACUCACUUCUUUUUUUUUUUUUUUUAAAUCUUACUAGAGAAGUGAGCAUUUCCUUUUUCCAGCUCUGCCAUGUCCAGUAUCGAGCACAUCAUACUUCAAUUUUUUUUUUUAAUAUUUUCAUUUGCUUCCCCAGGAAAAAAAAUAUCCUCACUUGUUUUAUCUGCUGUUUUAUUGUGUGUAGCAGCACCUGCCUAACUCAGUGGUUUCUUUUCUUUCUAUUUGACAAAAAAAAAAACAUGUUUGGAUGUGAAAAAUAAAUCAAAGACAUGGGGAGUCAUCAGCAGCCUUUAACGGUAUGUUUUGCACUAAGUAGAGAGUGUUAAAGCUUCAUAUUAAGACAAAUACAAUGACAUUUGUUACUUUAUUUGUAAAGACUUAAUAAAUAAAUGUUGUUGAAAUGGA